AUGCCCGAAUCUCGCGGCCUAAACCUCAACCGCUUCCUUUCCGACUUUACUCUGGGCUUCUCAGAUGGCCUCACUGUUCCCUUUGCGCUGACAGCUGGCCUCAGCUCGCUAGGCAAGUCCGACACCGUCAUCUACGCCGGUCUUGCAGAGCUCUGCGCAGGCAGCAUUAGCAUGGGCAUUGGUGGCUACCUAGCUGCGCUCGACGAGAUUCCAGCCUCCACGGCAACAAACACCAGAGAUGGCGAAGAUAUCGAGGAACAAGGCAUGCUUAUGCACGAACGCCGAGACAGCAGCAGCGAUCGCUCAGGCAAUGAUGAGAAACCGACAGCCGGCGAGGAGGACGUCAUUGUCCGCCACUUAGCUCCUCUGGCGCUGGCCGACUCGACAGUCACCUAUAUUGUCAACUCGAUGCGCGAGCAGCCUGGUGGCUUGCGCCGCGCCGCCCGCCAAAUCCAAGCUAAUUACGAAUCCUCGGAAUCGGGUGAAGAGGUCCCCGUCUCGCCCGUCGGCUCAGGCCUCUCCAUCUCAGCUGGCUACGUUGUGGGCGGCAUCAUCCCCCUCUUCCCCUACUUUUUUGCCUCCACUGUUGGAAUCGGCCUUGUAUGGAGCAUUGUUUUGUGCCUGAUUGCUCUUAUGUCAUUUGGCACGGGUAAGAGCCUUGUUCUAGGCGGAAGCGAUAAAAGCGUGCGUAAGGCUCUCUGGUCAGGCGUGCAGAUGCUUAUUUUAGGCAGCCUGGCUGCGAUGGCGUCUGUACUCGCGGUUAACUUGCUCGAUGCGGGUGAGGGUCCUUUGAAGCCAUGA